AUGGAAGCCCUCCAUGUUGGCCGUUGGACGGCGCGAAGGCAUUUCUGGGGGCGGCUGUUUCGCUGCCUCCUCGCUCUUUGCCUGGUGCGGCCCACGCACCAAGCUUUGAACAUCGACCAGGUCCUGGAAGAUGCGGUGCUCCGUUUGAGGAACCGGGUGUAUAUUGCAGACACAUUGGUGCACAAAGCGUCGGCGGCCAGAUGUGAUUCAGCCGUGGACGGGCCGCACUGCCGUGGCCCGCGGGGCGGCCUCGCUGCGGAUUCGGUGGAUGCAGCCUCCGACAGGUCGGCGCUGGUCACCGAUGGAAUCUUUUCGGCGAGACUGCUUGGGACAGCAGAUGGCGGCGAGAUGCUGGAUGAGUAUUUUCUUGGGGCCAGUCUAAAGGCGGCAAGCAAGAACCGCCACUCCGAGGCGGCAUCGACGGAGUCACAGCGCCCAAAGCAGGCGUCGGCCGGAAAACCCGGCGGACGCUCGGCGCUGCUGACCUUUCGAGGAUUACGGCCCUGGCAGGCAGGGCUGCCCCAGGACUUCGCGGGGACCCGGCGCCUGGGAGGCGGCGUGCCUUUCCAGGUCAAGUGGGAGGGGCCCUGGAGCCUGGUAGAGAACGACGAAUUCGAGAACGAUGCCGUCAAGCGCCAUCGCUUCGUGGCCAGACUUGUGGCGGGGGUCGGCCGCAUCCGCUUCGGCAGACCCGUCGGCCUACAGUCCGUGGACCUGCGCCGGCCCCGUUCCUGCAGGGUGCCCUUCGGCAUGCCCUUGGUGGUAAAGGGACGCCUCAAGGGGGUGGAAGUUUUCCAGGAAGUAGUUCCAAGUUGGGAUCUCCACACUUUUGUAAACGGUGUGGCUUUCUUUGCCUUGACCUCCACGGAUGUCGUGGACGAGCUCGUCUUCCAGGAAUGCAUACUGGUGGGUGCUAUACAGCUUACCUUUGGCUUUGACUUGGAUGCGGUCUUCAACGACCAGCUGCCUGAUUCCCAAAGUGAGAUGCCGCUGUAUGUGACCUUGCGGGAAGGCUGGCAUGCCUAUGGCUGGGACGAGAUCGAGUUCCGCAUUCCGGCAGAUGUGGAGACAGCUCCGGUUUGGCAUUUGAACGACGUGGCUUCCCAUCGCCUGUCACUGCGCCCAGGGGUCUUUGAGCAUCCGCAAGCGUCCUCCCGGGACGCGCCUCUUCCCGGCCUCAUGGACCCCCAAAACUCGGCGGAACUUGAUGCUGAAGAGGAGGCACUCUUAUCCGAGCUGGAGUUGCAGGCAGAAGCCGGAGCUGGCGACGUUUCGACUCCCAGAGCCUCCGAGGGACCGGAGCCCAUCCGCAUGCCCGCAGACCUCGAGGAAGUUCUCGAUACAGCCAUCCUACCCCAGGAGUUUGUGGAGUUGGCCAUAGCCCGGCCCCGAGCAUCCGAAGGUGUCUGCGACCGAUUCUCUGUCACCUCGGGAUGCGUGUGCAGUUAUAAUUAUAAGUAG